AAUAAACACCCCUGAGCCAUUCGCCUGAAAGCAUUUGUCUCUAUUGGCUGGUGAGGACAAAAAGGUCAGCCAGCCGUGCCAAAUAAAAUAUAACUCACGCCUUAUUGUUGCAGCCUUAAACCUUAAUGAGCCUAUAAAUACCUGAGCAUAACCCCGGCUUAUGAUUCUACCAGGGGCAAAUCACAUUCACAUAGCAGCAAAGCAAUACAGAAGAAAGGCCUAUACUACGAAGCUAGAUUGAUCCACGUUCUGAAGCAAGAUUACCGCCAAGAGUGAGCAUGUACUCAAGAAGGACGCUGCUUCACACCCCUUCCUUCUCCGGGGGCCAGCCCUCCGGUCCAAUCCAGCCGGUGACCGACGGCGGCGCUCCGGGAAGCAGCAGCUUCGACGCGAACGUGGUGAUGAUCCUCGCCGUCCUCCUCUGCGCGCUCAUCUGCGCGCUGGGGCUCAACUCGAUCGUCCGGUGCGCGCUGCGGUGCUCGAGCCGUGUGGUGGCGGACGCGGAGCCCAGCCGGGUGGUGGCGCGGCUGGCCAAGGGCGGUCUGAGGAGGAAGGCGGUGCGAGCCAUGCCGAUCAUGGUCUACUCGGCCGGGCUGAAGCUCAACACGGCCUGCCCGAUGUGCGCCAUCUGCCUCUCGGACUUCGAGGCCGGGGAGCACGUCAAGGUCCUGCCCAAGUGCAACCAUGGCUUCCAUGUCAGAUGCAUUGACCGGUGGCUCCUCGCGCGCUCCACGUGCCCGACGUGCCGCCAGUGCUUGUUCGCCGAGCCGAAGAGGGCGUGCGGGUGCUCCGAGCCGGGCCAGCCCGACCCGGCGAGAGUCCACUCCGUGCUUGUGCCGCUCAGGCCUGAAGGUUUGAUCACCACGUAUGAUUUUUAGAGCCAUUGUUAUCAGUUGCUUCCACUUGUUGCAUGAAGGAUGACACAGAGUGGCCGCGAGUCUUUUGCCUUCCUUCGUAACGGAGUGGCCGUGGGGUCAUAACACAGUAGAAGGUUGUGUUGUUGACUCGGUGUUUGUUACUGCCAAAAAAACUGGCUUGUAGUCAUGCUGCUCCUGUACAUUGUGUAUGUAGUCCCUCCCUAGUACUAGAAGGAACUGUGCAUUUCCUCCGUGUUUCAGCAGCUCGUGUGUUGAUGCCAAUUAUUGCUGGAGAUUGUCAUGGGAAACAGGUGCGAUGAAUCACAUUUGAAUGUCACUUUGAAAA